UCACACUUCUGCAUUAAGUCCCCAACGCAUAGAACAUGCCUCUAGAAAUACCAAAUGGAAUGACCGCGUCGAAUGUCUGACUGAAAAGGAGAGAAGAUAGAAGAGAGAGAACACUCCCCGUCCGUUUUUCCCUAUCUUCCGCCUCUCGCUCUGUCUGUCCUCUGCUCUCCCCUUUCUAGAAAACAUGAAGGAAGAAAGAGAAGAUAAGAAUCCGGGGGGGGACGAGUGUGAACAAGAGAAAGUUCGAGGAAAGCAAGAGAGGGGGACAUUAAUAGGCGGAUGGAAGGAAGGAAGAAAUUAAGGAAGGGAUCUAUCCAGCCAUACAACGCGAUUAAACGAGACAUGAACAAACUAUAUAUUGACCUAUAUUAAACGUAGCUACUCGACUCUUCUCAACUUGUGACGUUUAAAACUAUUUUAGGAUUAGUUGAAUACGCAAACUUAAGCUAUUAGGAACCAAGUUAUCGUAUUUUCUAAUUCAUACAGCAACUUCCAGCGUUGCAAGUCACAGCUCACCCCGGAAAAGGAUUUAGCCCCAAGGACCAAGGGGCACCGACGAGGGCAGGUCACCGCAGCCGGAGUUUAGGCGUUGCCACACGGCUUUGACCCGGAGCCAUGGCCGGGGCGAAGCCAGGAGUCCACGCUCUGCAGCUCAAACCGGUGUCGGUUCACGACAUACUAAAACGGGGGAGCAAGUUUAUCAAAUGGGAUGAGGAGCCCAACAGCAGCCACCCCACCCUGAUUACUCUGAAGGUAGACCCAGAUGGAUUCUUCCUUUACUGGACUGGUGGGGCCAACAUGGAAGUGGAAAUUCUUGACAUUAGCCAGAUAAGAGACACCAGAACGGGGAAGUUAGCCAAACUACCAAAGGACCCACGUGUCAGAGAGGUUUUGGGGUUCGGUAAACCAGGCGAGGGGGGUGUUGCCAUGGAAGGGAAGCUGGUAACGGUUGUCCACGGCAAUGACCUGGUCAACGUAUCCUUCCUCAACUUCCAGGCCAUGCAGGAAGACACUGCCAAGGUGUGGACAGAGGAGCUGUUUAAACUGGCCACAAACAUUCUGUCUCAGAAUGCAUCUCGCAACACUUUCCUCCUCAAAGCGUACACCAAGUUAAAGUUGCAGGUGAAUCAGGAUGGAAAGAUUCCAGUGAAGAAUAUUCUUAAGAUGUUUUCUGAUAAGAAGCGAGUGGAGACAGCGCUGGAGCAGUGUGGUUUGGUCACCAACAGGGUGGAGGGUAUUAAGCCAGAUGAUUUUACAUGGGAAAUGUUCCAGAGCUUUCUACACAGUCUCUGUCUACGACCAGAGAUAGAACGCAUCUUUGUCGAGCUUGGUUCUAGGGGAAAGCCGUUCCUCUCAUUGGAUCAGCUGACAGACUUUAUAAACCGUCGUCAGAGAGACUCUCGUCUCAACGAGGUCCUCUAUCCUCCUCUGAAGAGAGAGCAGAUCAGACAACUGAUGGAGAAAUAUGAGAGCAACGCUAGCCAGCUGGAGAGAGACCAGAUCAGUCUGAUGGGGUUCAGUAAAUAUCUUGGAGGAGAGGAGAAUACCAUCGUCCCACCAGAGAGACUAGACAUCAUAGAUGAUAUGAACCAGCCCCUGUCCCACUACUUUAUCAACUCUUCACACAACACAUACCUCACAGUUGGUCAGUUGACAGGUCUGUCAUCGGUAGAGAUGUAUCGCCAGGUGUUGCUGACCGGCUGUCGCUGUAUAGAGCUGGACUGUUGGAAAGGACGGCCCCAGGAUGAAGAACCUUACAUCACGCACGGCUUUACCAUGACCACUGAGAUACCCUUCAAGGAGGUGAUUGAAGCAAUAGCAGAAAGUGCGUUUAAGACCUCUCCCUAUCCCGUAAUCCUCUCCUUUGAAAACCAUGUUGACUCGGCGAAGCAGCAGGCCAAGAUGGCGGAAUAUUGUAGGACUAUUUUUGGCGACGCCCUCCUCAUCGACCCUCUAGAGAAAUACCCGCUGAUCCCUGUUCAGCCCUUACCCUCGCCCCAGGAGCUGCUGGGUAAGAUUCUGAUAAAGAACAAGAAGAAGCACCACCACAGAGCGUCCAGCGGGGGCAACAUGAGGAGGAGGACCGGAGAAAUAGACGCUCUGGAGCAGGCUUCACCUGUUAACGACUUCCCAUUCAGUGACAGCGAGGGGGGCCAGCUGCUGUCCAAUGGGGAAGAGAAGCUGGCAGAGAGUCUGGUCAAGGACGGAGAUCCUCGGAAGUCAAUUGGAGGGGAGGGAGAGAGUGAUGAGGAGGAGGAAGAUGAACCUGUGGCUGAACUGAAGAAACCAAACUCUGAUGAGGGUACUGCCAGUAGUGAGGUAAAUGCGACAGAGGAGAUGUCUACUCUUGUCAACUACAUAGAACCUGUCAAGUUCAAGAGCUUUGAGGUUGCAAACAAGAGGAAUAAGUAUUUUGAGAUGUCAUCAUUUGUGGAGACCAAGGGUAUGGACACACUGAAGAGUGCACCCAUCGAGUUUGUUGAGUACAAUAAGAAGCAGCUGAGUCGUAUCUAUCCUAAAGGGACGAGAGUUGAUAGUUCAAACUACAUGCCCCAACUCUUCUGGAACGUAGGCUGUCAGAUGGUGGCGCUAAACUUCCAGACACUCGACCUGCCCAUGCAGUUGAACAUGGGUGUGUUUGAGUAUAAUGGACACAGUGGUUACCUGCUCAAACCAGAAUUCAUGAGAAGGACAGACAAACACUUUGACCCCUUCACUGAAAACAUAGUGGACGGCAUCGUAGCCAACACUGUCAAGAUCAGGGUGAUCUCGGGCCAGUUCCUGACCGAUAAGAAAGUGGGUGUGUACGUGGAAGUGGACAUAUUUGGACUUCCUGCUGACACAAAGAGGAAGUACCGUACCAGAACUUCCAAUGGUAACAGCCUGGACCCAGUCUGGGACGAUGAGACUUUUGUCUUCAACAAGGUGGUCCUGCCCACUCUGGCCUCUCUGAGGAUAGCUGUGUUUGAGGAGAACGGGAAGUUCCUCGGACAUCGGAUCUGCCCUGUGUCAACCAUCCGACCGGGUUACCACUACAUCAGUCUGAAGAAUGAGAUGAACCAGCCUCUGUUGCUUCCCUCUCUAUUGGUCUACACCGAGGCUCAAGACUACAUUCCUAAUGAACACCAGGAGUAUGCUGAGGCCUUGACCAACCCCAUCAAACAUGUGAGUCUUUUGGACCAGAGAGAGAGACAGCUAGCUGCUCUGAUGGAGGACAACGGCGAGUGUGUAUUGGAGCAGCCGAAGGAGGGAGAGAGGGAUUGGAAGGGCGACGCCCCCCUGGGGAAGAUCCCCUCCCCCCUCCACCCCGUCCCCGCCCCCAUUGAUGACAUCAGCGACCUCAUCAGCUCACCUGGACCAGGCCAGAAAGAGGAUCUUAUUGCUACAGUCCUGGCAAAUCUCCAGGCUCAGUCUACAGAAGAGUUGAAACAGCAGAAGUCGUAUCUGAAGCUGUUGAAGAAACAAUGUAAAGAACUCAAGGAGCUCCGCAAGAAACACCUCAAGAAGGUGUGGGCCUUGAGUAAAGAGCAGAGGAGUCGCUGUAACCAGCUCCGCUCUGACACACAGAGACGACGCAGUCAGAUGGAGAAACAUCUCAAAAGCAGCAUGAAGAAAAAUGAGCCAGCAGAGCCGGUGCAGAGGCAGUUGACAGCAUUGGAGAUGGAGUUACAGAAACAGACGGUGCAGCUGAGAGAGUGGCAGAUGCAAGAGCUCCUAAAACUACGGCAACAACAACACACACUGGAGAGAGAGAAGAAACACACACACCUACGAGAGGCAUUUCAGAAAAUAAAGGAGACAUCCCAGGAAUGUCAGACGGCUCAACUCAAAAAACUUAAGGAGAUCUGUGAGAGAGAGAAGAAGGAGCUUCAAAAGAUUCUAGACAGGAAGAGACAGCACAGCAUUAUCGAGGCCAAGAGCAGAGACAGAGACAAGGCUGAGUCGGAACUGAAUGAGAUCAACAGGAAGCAUAUCUCAGACUCUGUCACGUUAAUCCGCCGGUUGGAUGAGGCCCAGUCAAGGCGUCAGGAGAAGUUGGUAAUUGGUCAGAGAGAAGCCCAACGACACAUAGAGGAGGAGCAACCAUUGCUGCAGGCCCGAUUGGAGCGAGACUUGGAGGUGGAGUUACAACGUCUACCAGAGGAGAUCUGCCAAUACCUGCAGGCGCAACUCGAGUCCAAAGGUCUCCGUAGUGACGCUCUCUUCUCCUUAUCCAAUCACAGCCCUAGCUCCAGCUCGGGUCCGCCCUCCAACUGCUCCACACCCACUUUUCCCUUAACACCCAAUAGGAGCACCUGGAACAGGAGUCUGGACAAUAGCAUUGCCUCAUUGGUGGACUCAUCCUCUUCCUCUACCCCUGUCCUAUCAGAAGCAGAUAUGUAAGUUAUAUGUACAUUUAUGUACACCUAAUGGUCCUGAGCUUCAGUUAGUUUUUUUGUUAAUGUUUUCAUUAAAAAUAUAUAUUUUUUUUCUUCUCACCAGGUUUUUAGAUAAGAGAGAUAGAUGAGGUUACCAAAAGUUUUUGGUUGAUUUUGAACUUCCCAGGAAAAUGCCCUAUGCGUGUUUUCACAUGUUGGCUUGCGUCCCAAAUGGCAUCCUUUCCCCUAUUUAGUACAUUAGUUUUGACCAGAGCCCUAUUGAGAAUAGGGUACAUUGGGAUGCAGACAUAUUCUGUAUGUGGACAGUGGACAAGAAUAUUCUGUGGAUAUAUUAUUAUUAUUAAUCUGUGUAAUGUAGUAUUGUUGUUUUACAUGACCUGUACUACUGACUAAAGGUGUCUUUGGGGAGAAAGGAGGGAUGAAUGGAGAAGAGGAGGAGGAGUGACCGUGGUAGUGAACAAUUUAGAUUUUUGGGGGGGAGCGAUGCUGAUUUGCUCUUGAAUAGAGAGACCUUUCUCUCUGGAAUAGAAAAACCUUCCUCUCCUCACCAAUCCUCCCCCACUGGUACUUGCUGCCUGUCUGUCUUGGUAUAUAAUAUUAUAAUAUUCCUCUGUGUAUAUUCAUCAACAUUAUUUUACCACUUUUUUAAUCUUUAUUUUUUUGUGAUGGAUGAUCUAUUUAAUUUAGUCAGCUGAGCAAAUGCAGAGAUUCUUUUUUGGGUGGGGGGGGUUAAUGGUCGGGUUGCUAUGGUAACCAGGGGAGACGACUUUGCGGUGUUAUUUUAGCAAUCAUCGUACCCCUUCCCCCUCCCUUUUGGUUGUGAGGGUCUAUUUAAAAGUUUGAACGUUUUCAUACACAUUGUUGAUUGAAUGGUUCACACCUUUGCUAGCAGGGAGAAGACCUCACACACGUCAAAAAAUUGUAAGUUCCAAGUACCGUGGUGUCAGGGUACCUCUAGUGGUUAAGACCAUUGGGCCAGUAACUGAAAGGUUACUGGUUCAAAUCCCUGAGCUAAUUAGGUGAAAAAUGUGUUGAUGUGCCCUUGAGCAAGGCACUUAACCCUAAUUGCUCCAGUAAGUCGCUCUAGAUAAGAGCUUCUGAUAAAUUACUAAAAUGUAUAUGUACAUUUAGGACCCCAAAAGUUGUUUUAUUUUUACACUGUGUCUCGCUUUUCCUUAUGAGAAUAUGUUUUUAAAAGCUGAAUUUAAAGUUUUUAAACAUUUUUUGUUAUUGCUCUUUUAUCACACGGUUUUAUUUGUUUUAAAACCUUUUAUUCAAAGAAGUCAUGAAAACUAUUUCUUAAAUAGUUUAUAGUGUCACUUUAGCUAUUAGGUAGCCAGAGGCAGAGCCAUAUACAGUUGAAGUUGGAAGUUUACAUACACCUUAGCCAAAUACAUUUAAAUUCAAUUUUUCACAAUUCCUGACAUUUAAUCCAAGUAAACAUUCCCUGUUUUAGGUCAGUGAUAAUCACCACUUAUUAAGAAUGUGAAAUGUCAGAAUAAUAGUAGAGAGAAUUAUUUAUUUCAGCUUUUAUUUCUUACAUCACAUUCCCAGUGGGUUAGAAGUUUACAUACACUCAAUUCAUAUUUGGUAGCAUUGAAUUAAAUUGUUUAACUUGGGUUAAACAUUUCAGGUAGCCUUCCACAAGCUUCCCACAAUAAGUUGGGUGAAUUUUGGCCAAUUCCCCCUAACAGAGUUGGUGUAACUGAGUCAGGGUUUUUGGCCUCCUUGCUCGCACAUGCUUUUUCAGUUCUGCCCACAAAUUUUCUAUAGGAUUGAGGCUUUGUGAUGGCCACUCCAAUACCUUGACUUUGGUGUCCUUAAGCCAUUUUGCCACAACUUUGAAAGAAUGUUUUGGGUCAUUGUCCAUUUGGAAGACCCAUUUGCGACCAAGCUUUAACUUCCUGACUGAUGUCUUGAGAUGUUGCUUCAAUAUAUCCACCUAAUUUUCCUCCUCAUGAUGACAUCUAUUUUGUGAAGUGCACCAGUCCCUCCUGCAGCAAAGCACCCCCAGAUCAUGAUGCUGCCACCCCUGUGCUUCACUGUUGGGAUGGUGUUCUUUGGCUUGCAAGCCUCCCCCUUUUCCUUCCAAACACAACGAUGGUCAUUAUGGCCAAACAGUUUUUUAUUUUUGUUUCAUCAGACCAGUGGACAUUUCUCCAAAAAGUACGAUCUUUGUCCCCCUUUUUUUAUGGCGGUUUUGGAGCAGUUGCUUCUCCUUGCGGAGCGGCCUAUCAGGUUAUGUCGAUAUGACUCGUUUUUCUAUUGACAUAGAUACUUCUGUACCUGUUUCCUCCAACAUCUUCACAAGGUCCAUUGCUGUUGUUCUGGAUUUGAUUUUCACUUGUCGCACCAAAGUAUGUUAAUCUCUGGGAGACAGAAUGUGUCUCCUUCCUGAGUGGUAUGACGGCUGCUUGGUGCCAUUGUGUUUAUACUUGCGUACUAUUGUUUGUACAGAUGAACGUAGUAUCUUCAAGUGUUGGGAAAUUGCUCCCAAGGAUGAACCAGACUUGUGGAGGUCUACAAUUUCUUUUCUGAGGUCUUGGCUGAUUUCUUUGGAUGAUGUCAAGCAAAGAGGCACUGCGUUUGAAGGUAGGCCUUGAAAUACAUCCAUAGGUACACCUCCAAUUGACUCAUAUAAUGUCAAUUCACCUAUCAGAAUCUUCUAAAGGCAUGACAUAAUUUUCUGGAAUUUUCCAAGCUGUUUAAAGGCACAGUCAACUUAGUGUAUGUAAACUUUUGACCCACUGAAAUUGUGAUACAGUGAAUUAUAAGUGAAAUAAUCUGUCUGUAAACAAUUGUUGGAAAAUGACUUGUGUCAUGAACAAAGUCAUGCACAAAGUAGAUUGCCAAAACUAUAAUUUGUGAACAAGAAAUUUGUGGAGUGAAAAACAGGUUUUAAGGACUCCAACCUAAGUGUAUGUAAACUUCCAACUUCAACUGUAUAUAUAGAGAGAGUUCGGCCAAUUUUUAGAAUGGACACCAUGUUGCUGCCAUUGAGCAUUCCAUUUAUCCAUUCAUGACAAGUAUUUGGAUUUUAAAUAAAUUCAAGAUGUUCAGUUACUUAGCAUGUUUAAAUUAAGAAAAUUCUAUAAACUGCUAUUUGUCAAUAUUGCACAUGGCUACCAUAUGGAAUUAUUUGAUUGUCUGUGUCAUGUAAAUGCAUCAUAAUGCAGAAAACUCAAUGUCUUAACUCUCUAAAUAGUAUAGUCUUCUAUGUUCUAGAAUAUGGCCAGAGAAUUUUACUGCAGAACACUAAGUUCUAGAAUGCAGUGGUUCUAUGUUACAAAGUUAGAGGCUCUUCAUAGGCCUUCGCGUUCACAUGCUGAAGAGAGUUCCAUUGAAGGUGUGUGUAAUGCAUGCAUGUGUGCAUGCGGGUAUCAAAUAAGAUCUAGAUGAAACAGAAAGACCCAGAAGAUUGUGCUCCGUUCACUAUUGUGGUUAGCCAGUUUCCUACCCUAGAGACUCAGCCUGGGGAUUAAUUCAGUUUAGCCUUGUGGGCUAGUUUCAACUCUAUCUCCACACAUAUACACACACACACACACACACACUCUCUUCAGCCCCACACUGUAAACCAGGGUCCAUCAACUAGAUUCAGCCGUGGGCCGGAGCAUAAUUACAAAUCAUUUGUAGACCGCAAAUUGAACCGCAAAAAGCCCAAACAGAUAUAUUUGACAAAAACCUAAUAAUUUCAAACUAUGCUUACAUUUGUUUAUGAUUAUGUGUCACUCGAUUCUGUGUGGGAAUACUUUGGAACAGAUUUUCUGAAGUAAAAUAACUUGGAGCUGAUUUCCUGGUGUUUUUACAGAUUAUUAUGUCCAACAAUGAAAAUUUUAAAAAAUACAGUACCAGUCAAAAGUUACACACCUGCUCAUUACUGUUUUAAUUUGUUUGUUUAAAAAAAACUAUUUUCUACAUUGUAGAAUAAUAGUGAAGGCAUCAAAACUAUGAAAUAACAGCUAUGGAACCAUGUAGUAAACCAAAAAGUGUAAAGCAAAUCUAAAUAUUUUUAUAGCCACCCUUUGCCUUGAUGACAGCUUUACACUCUCUCAACCAGCUUCAUGAAUUAGUCACCUGGAAUGCAUUUCAAUUAACAGGUGUGCCCUGUUAAAAGUUCAUUUGAGGAAUUUAUUUCCUUCUUAAUGCGUUUGAGCCAAUUCGUUUUGUUGUGACAAGGUAGGGGUGGUAUACAGAUGAAGCCCUAUUUGGUACAAGACCAAGUCCAUAUGUGAAGAACAGCUCAAAUAAGCAAAGAGAAAUGACAAUCCACCAUUACUUUAAGACAUGAAGGUCAGUCAAUCUGUAAAAUUUCAAGAACUUGAAAGUUUCUUCAAGUGCAGUCGCAAAAACCAUCAAGCGCUAUGAUGAAACUGUCUCUCAUGAAGACCAUCACAGGAAAGGUAAACCCACAGUUACUUGCAGAGGAUAAUUUCAUUAGAGUUACCAGCCUCAAACCUGUAUAAAUAAAGGUUUAAAAAAAUAAAAGGUAUGUGGGUGACUCCCCAAAAAUAUGGAAGAAGGUACUCUGGUCAGAUGAGACUAAAAUUGAGCUUUUUGGCCAUCAAUGAUAAUGCUAUCUCUGGUGCAAACCCAACACCUCUCAUCACCCAGAGAACAACAUCCCCACCGUGAAGCAUGGUGGUGGCAGCAUCUGGAGAUUGAGAAUCUGUGGUAUGACUUAAGGAUUGCUGUACUCCAGCAGAACCCAUCAAACUUGAAGGAGCUGGAGCAGUUUUGCCUUGAAGAAUGGGCAAAAAUCCCAGUGGCUAGAUGUGCGAAGCUUAUAGAGACAUACCCCAAAAGACUUGCAGCUGUAAUUGCUGCAAAAGGUGGCUCUUCAAUGUAUUGACUUUGGAAUAGUUAUGCACGCUCAAGUUUAGUUUUUUGUCUUAUGUCUUGUUUGUUUCACAAUGAAAAAUAUUUAAUAAGUGGUAGGCAUGUUGUGUAAAUCAAAUGAUACAAAAAUAUAUUUUAAUUCCAAGUUGUAAGACAACAAAAUAGGAAAAAUGCCAAGGGGGGUGAAUACUUUCGUACGCCAUUGUAAAUCCUUCACAGAGUUCAAGUAACAGACACAUCUCAAUAUCAAAUUUUCAGAGGAGACUGCGUGAAUCAGGCCUUCGUGGUUGAAUUGCUGCAAAGAAACUACUACUAAAGAAUACCAAUAAGAAUAAGAGACUUGCUUGGGCCAAGAAACAUGAGCAAUGGACAUUAAACCGGUGAACAUCUGUCCUUUGGUCUAAUGAGUCCAAAUUUUAGAUUUUUGGUUUCAACUGCCGUGUCCUUGUGACAUGCAGAGUAGGUGAACGGAUGGUCUCCACGUGUGUGGUUCCUACUGUGAAGCAUAGAGGAGAAGGUGUGAUGGUGUGGGAGUCAUUUGCUGGUGACACUGUUGGUGAUUUAUUUAGAAUUCAAUGUACACUUAACCAGCAUGUCGACCACGGCAUUUGGCAGUAAUACACUAUCCCAUCUGGUUUGCGUUUAGUGGGACUAUCAUUUGUUUUUCAACAGGACAAUGACCCAACACCUCCAGGCCUUUUAAGGGCUAUUUGACGAAGGAGAGAAGGAGAGUGAUGUAGUACUGCAUCAGAUGACCUGGCCUCCACAAUCACCCGACCUCAACCCAAUUGAGAUGGUUUGGGAUGAGUUGGACCGCAGUGUAAAGGAAAAGUAGCCAACAAGUACUCAGCAUAUGUGGGAACUCCUUCAAGGCUUUUGGAAGCAUUCCAGGUGAAGCUGGUUGAGAGAAUGCCAAGAGUGUGCCAAGCUGUCCUCGAUGCAAAGGGUGGAUACUUCGAAGAAUCUAAAAUAUAAAAAAUAUUUUGAUUUGUUUAACACUUUUUUGGGGUACAACAUGAUUCCAUAUGUGUUAUUUCAUUGGUUUUGAUGUCUUCACUAUUAUUUUACAAUAUAGAAAAUAGUCAAAAUAAAGAAAACCCCUUUAAUGUGUAGGUGUGUCCAAACUUUUGACUGGUUCUGUAUAUAAAAAAUAAAAUAGUUUUUUUUUGCUCAGAAAACUUGGUGGGGCAAAUACAAAUUCCCCAGUUGGGGAACCCUGCUGUAGACCAUGUGUAAGGGCGUCAACUGCCAUCCCUUCUUACAUUCAUCCUUCCCCUUACAAGACUUUCUCUUCCAUCCCCAGGUCACUUAAAGGUCCCGAAAUGUCAUUAAAAUGAUAGAGUUAUGGAGAUGUCACCCUAUCCCCCUAAUAAUCCUGCCACCUGUAUCCAAGUGUUUAACACUGGGGAGAGGACCAGGUACUUUAUUUUCAAACUUUAUCAAUGUAGAUGCAACAGUUAUUUUUCGUACUUUGGACAUCAUACUGGGAUCUGGUUUCAUCCAAAUAUCAUCCAAUUUCAUGAAAGACAUCAUUUUGACUGUUCAUGAUCUUUAGAACAGACUGAGAGAUGGAGGAGAGGUAUAGUUGGUUGACACUGUAUGACUGCAAUGCCUUCUUACAUUCACCCUGUCUACCCCUCCAUCCAUCGUUCUCUCCCUCCUUCCCCUUACAAGAGUUUCUCUCCGAGCCCCAGGUCACUUGAUAGAGAGGUAUAGGUUUUGUCCCAAAUUACACCCUAUUCCCCAUAUAGUGCACUAUGGGCCCUGGUCUAUAUCGGGAAUAGGGUACCAUUUGGGGCGCAGACAGAGUUUGUUGACGCUGUAUGUAGAAAUGAUGAGUUUCUCUCUCUGCCCCAAGCCACAUAAUAUAUAUAGAGAGAGACACAUUUUUAAAAAGCAGGAUGAAGAAGGAGAGUGAGAUAGUUUGAAGACACUGUAUAUAGAAAGGACUGGUCCGCCAUGUCAAAGGGAAUAAUACUAUGAUGCAUCAAGAUGUAAUAUGUUUUAUUGUUUAUCUGGAGAUAUAAUAUAAACUGUAUAACUGUAAAUUCAAUAAAUACUGAAUUUUUGUCUAAAAUCUCUGCUUUGUCUUGGUUGGUUGGUUGCACUGCUCCAGUCAGAGAGAACAGUACAUAAGAAUAAAACACAAUAAAGACUGAAGGUUUGUUUUCA